AUGUACAAGGAAGCAGAGGAGGACGCGCGUCGGUCCUGGGAACUGCGGCAUGUGGCCCUGGGGCCCGAACACUCCGACACCGUCACAUCGCUCUACAUCCUGGCCGCCGCACUGGGGUACCUGCGCCGUUACUCCGAAGCCGAGGUCCUCAACCGCCAGGUCCUGGAUCUGCAGCUGCGCCUGCUGGGCGAGCUACACUCGGACACCGCCUACUCCAUCAACGGCCUUGCAGUGUGCGUCGACAAGCAGGGCCGCUUUGCUGAGGCCGAGGCGAUGUACAAGCGCGCGCUGGACAUACGGCGGCAAGUCCUAGGUGAACGACACCCCGCCACGGCUGGCUCGCUCAACAACCUAGCUGGCAGCAUCUACGGCCAGGGUCGCCGCACGGAGGCGGAGGAGCUCUACCAGCAGGCACUGGCGCUGCGGCGGCAGGUGCUUGGAGAGGAGCACCCGGACACGAUCGCCACACUGGCCAACCUGAGCAGCUGCACGUUUGACCAGGGGAGAUUUAUGGAGGCGGAACCGCUGUUGCAGCAGACGCUGGAGCUACGGCGGCGAGUGCUCGGGGAUGAUCACCCGGACACGGUGCAAUCGCUGACGAGCCUGGCGGCCUGCCUUGACGGAUUGGAGGGUCGGGAGGCGGAGGCGGAGGCGCUGCACCGGCAGGCGGUGCGCAUCAGCCUGCGUACGCUGGGCAGGGCUCACCCCACCACCCGCAGCCGCUUGGUGCGGCUAGGGAACUGCAUGGAGGUGCAGGGGGCAGCAUUUGACGCAGAGGCGGUGCUGGGUGAACUGGAGCUGAGCGAGGACCGUUGA